AUGGCUGCACCACUUUCUUCUUCAACCCUGACUAUCUCAAUCCUCUUAUUCAUCUGUUUCCUAUCAUCAUCAUCAUCAUCCUCUGUUGAUGUUCUCGGAGGAAAGAAAUUAGUAGGAGGAAAAACUGAAAUCAAAGAUGUGAAAACAAACAAACAAGUUCAAGAAUUAGGGAAAUAUUCAGUCACUCAGUACAAUUUGAAAUUCAAGAAAGGAGACAAAGGAAGUUUGACAUUCAAAGAAGUUGUUAAAGCACAGAGUCAAGUAGUUGCAGGGAUUCAAUACUUUUUGAAGGUUUCUGCAAUUCAGAAUGGAAAACCUAAACUCUAUGAUGCUGUUGUGGUUGUAAAAGCUUGGCAGAAACCUUCGAAUCUGCUUGUUAGUUUUAAUCCUUCUUCUAAUUAA